UGCUCAGUUGGUGUUGACAUAAAAAUGUAUUUAAUACUUUUAACAACAUUAACUUUUAGUAGUAUUCAUUCCAUUAGUGCAAAAGUAAUAAUAGACGGUGAUGUGAAUAAUCAGUGUAAUUUAGAUAAAAAAUUAGUUGAAGAAAUAGCUGCAUAUAAAAAUGUAACACAAAUGAUUAUGAACGAAAUUGUGUCUAAAGGUUUAGGACAGGAAAUGUAUAAGGAGUACACAUAUUUUAUCGACAAGUUUGGAGCUCGCGUGUCAGGCACGGAGAAUUUGGAGAAGUCAAUAGACUAUAUGAUCAACCUUACCAAGUCACAUGGCCUCAUAGAUGUGACCACAGAAGAAGUUGAUGUACCACACUGGGUAAGAGGUCACGAAUCACUACAAAUGACGAAGCCCCGUGAAAAAAAUAUUGCACUGAUUGGUCUUGGCAGCAGUGUCAGCACUCCGCCGGAGGGUUUAACAGCAGAAGUGAUUGUAAUCAAAAGCUUUCAAGAUUUGGACCGAACUAACGAUACGGAAACCAAAGGAAAAAUUAUUCUGUUUGAUGCACAUUAUGUUACUUAUGGAGACACAGCAAUUUAUAGAACGCAGGGAGCAUCAAGAGCAGCAAAGAAAGGGGCCGUUGCAUCCCUGAUCAGAAGUAUAACACCAUUCUCUAUAUACUCCACCCACACUGGAGCUCAGUUUUAUGAAAAUGACGUUACCAAAAUACCUACAGCCGCUAUCACUUUAGAAGAUGCUGAUUUGAUGAGAAGACUUCAAGAGCGCGGUGAGAAAAUAGUGGUGACUUUGAAAAUGUCAAGCACUUUUGAUAUGAAGAAGUCAAGGAAUACAAUCAUUGACUUGAAAGGUAAAGAAAAUCCUGAUAAAGUAGUAAUUGUAUCCGGUCAUAUAGAUAGUUGGGAUGUAGGGCAAGGAGCUAUGGAUGACGGUGGUGGAAUGAUGAUCAGCUGGUUUGCGCCUGUAGUUUUGAAUCGUUUGAAUUUAAAACCGAAACGAACUCUUCGUGCUAUUUUAUGGACCGCAGAAGAGCCUGGUUUGAUCGGAGCUGCCGGUUAUCUGCAACGUCAUGUAUCAGAGCUAUCUAAUAUUAACUUUAUUAUGGAAUCCGAUGAAGGAACAUUCAUGCCGCGUGGUCUUGACGUAGCUGGUUCAAAUACAACUCGGUGUAUCAUAGCAGAAAUAUUAAAGCUGUUUUCUCCAGUUGACAAAAUGACAAAUAGUGGUGGUCCCGGAUCAGACAUAACAAUGUUUAUAAGAAAAGGUGUACCUGGAGCGUCGCUGCUGAAUGACAACGCCCGAUAUUUUUGGUAUCACCACAGUGACGGUGAUACUUUAAAUGUCCAAAACAUAAAUGACGUCAUUCAUUGUGCAGCCUUUUGGACGGCAGCAUCUUACGUUAUUGCUGAUAUUUCGAAAGAUCUACCUCGAGAUUAAAUAGUUAAUAAAUUGUUUAAAAAAAUAUCUAUAUGUUUGUUAAAAUAGUUCGCUUAGUGAUAGAAUUGAGAUUCAAAUAAUGACAGGUUGCUAGUCCAUCGCCUAAAAAAGAAUCCCAUGUCCUUUUCCUUUUUAGACAAGGGAUACUGACUUAUUUUAAUAAAUAAAUUACAAUAUUUUA